AUGCCUUCUCGAACCAACGGUGUCGGCGUUCAGGCCGAAGAUACCAGGAUCUGUGUGGUUAUGGUCGGUCUUCCAGCCAGAGGCAAGAGUUAUAUUGCCCAACGAGCCCAGAGAUAUCUUCAAUGGCUCUCUAUUCCUGCCCAGACCUUUAACGUCGGCAAUUACCGUCGCAAUGACGCCCCCCAGCCCAAGGCCGACUUUUUCGACAUCAACAAUCCCGAAGGAGAACGUACCCGCCGUGCCGCUGCCGAAGCUGCUGUUGCCGACAUGCUCGCUUGGUUCCGCUCUGGCGGUAUUGUUGGUAUACUCGAUGCUACAAACUCCACUCUAGAGCGUCGUAAAUGGGUGUUGGAAGUGUGCAACGACAACGGCGUUGAAGUUCUAUUUGUGGAAAGCAAGUGCGACGACGAAGAGCUCAUCAUGGCCAAUAUCCGCGAUGUUAAGACCACUAGCCCGGAUUACCGCGGACAGGACCCUGAAACUGCCGCCCUUGAUUUCCGCAACCGUAUUCGCAACUACGAGAAGGUGUACUGCACCAUUGAUGCCGAGGGCAAGGAGUCUCACCUCACCUACCUCAAGAUCAUGGACGUCGGGAAGCAGGUCAUCAUUAGCCGCAUCCGAGAUUACCUCCAGAGCCGAAUUGUCUACUAUCUCAUGAACCUUCACAUUCGUCCACGAUCAGUCUGGCUGUCAAGACAUGGUGAAUCUUUGUACAACAUUGAUGGACGAAUUGGUGGUGACACUCUUCUGUCUCCUCGUGGUGAGCAGUAUGCCAGGAAGCUUCCUGAGCUUGUCCGCAAGUCUGUUGGCGAUGAUCGCCCCCUUACAGUAUGGACCUCGACUUUGCGACGAACCAUUGCAACUUCCCGCUUCCUUCCUCCGCACUACAACCAGCUUCAGUGGAAGGCACUUGACGAGCUUGACUCAGGUGUCUGCGACGGUUUGACUUACCAAGAGAUUAAGGAUCGAUACCCUGAGGACUUUGCCGCGCGCGAUGAAGACAAGUACAACUACCGCUACCGUGGCGGAGAGUCGUAUCGCGACGUUGUCAUCCGCCUUGAGCCCAUCAUCAUGGAACUUGAGCGUAGCGAGGACAUCCUCAUCGUCACUCACCAAGCUGUACUGCGAUGCGUGUAUGCUUACUUCAUGAAGAAGGACCAGUCCAAGAGCCCCUGGAUGAAUGUUCCCCUGCACACAUUGAUCAAGCUUACUCCGGGCGCUUAUGGCACCGAGGAGGUCCGCUACGAAGCCAACAUCCCGGCCGUCAGUACUUGGAGAGGCAAGGGCAGCACCGCUAAGCAUGAAAACCCAGCCCCUGGUGUUUUGUAA